GAGAGGAAGCAAAUUUUAGGGAGGGUGUAAGCCGAGCUUUGUGUGCUCCGUUGCCUCUCCUUCCUAAACCUACACGCUUCUUCUUCUUCUUCUUCUUCUUCUUCGUCUUCUUCUUCUUCUUCGGCGAAGCUCAAAAAUCACUACUUCCCUGCUUCAAGAUCUCUCUGUACCACCAUUCAAUUUUAGGUUUUCAAGGUCAGAUCCGCUUCCCAGUCUCGGGGGUUUCCCCCUUUCGCUCAAUCGAUUUUUCAUCUUCUAGGGUUCUAUCUUCACUCGGGAUUUCUCCUUAUUGCUUCACUCACGCCUUCUCUUCUCCGAGAUCCUUUAGAUCUAAGGAGAUUUUCCGUAACCUCCUUGUUCUGCGGUGGUGGUAUUUCUGGACGGCCCGCCUAGGUUUCUAGGGCCUUUUCCCGAUUUUUUGUUUUUAUUUUCGAUUACGGUGGGUUCUUCUGUUUUACCAUUUUGUUGGUUCGGUUGAUAUUCGAGGUAUGUCCAUAUUGCCGAAAGGUGAGUCGAUUCAUAUCCGUGAGGUGUGGAACCAUAACGUGGAGGAAGAGUUCGCUCUAAUGCGUGAAAUUGUCGACCAAUUUAAUUACAUCGCGAUGGAUACUGAGUUCCCCGGCGUGGUGGUUCGCCCUGUGGGUGCUUUUAAGAAUAUCAACGAUUAUAACUAUCAAACCCUCAAAGAUAAUGUCGACACGUUGAAGUUGAUUCAGUUGGGUCUUACGUUUUCUGAUGAGAAUGGGAAUCUCCCAACUUGUGGAACAGAUAAGUUUUGCAUUUGGCAGUUCAAUUUCAGGGAGUUCAACAUUAGUAACGAUAUUUUCGCUAGUGAUUCCAUUGAGCUUUUGCGCCAGUGUGGUAUUGAUUUUCAGAAGAACAAUGAAGAGGGUAUUGAUGUCAAUCACUUCGGUGAGCUUCUAAUGUCAUCUGGGAUUGUUUUGAACGAUAAUGUUUACUGGGUGACCUUUCACAGUGGGUAUGAUUUUGGGUACUUGCUGAAAUUGUUGACUUGCCGAAGCCUACCAGGGACGCAGGCUGCAUUCUUUGAUUUGAUCAAUAUGUAUUUCCCAAUGGUUUAUGACAUCAAGCAUUUGAUGAAGUUUUGCAACAGUUUCCAUGGUGGGCUGAACAAGCUUGCAGAGUUAUUAGAAGUGGAAAGGAUUGGAGUUUGCCAUCAAGCGGGAUCGGAUAGCCUCCUUACUGCCUGUACUUUCAGGAAGUUGAGGGAUACUUUUUUCAAUGGGUCUACUCAGAAAUACGCCGGUGUUUUAUAUGGUCUGGGCGUUGAAACUGGCCAGACUACUAAUUAAAACACUUCCCCCAAGUACUUGUAGCACUGUGACAUUGGUUAAAGCAUUGAUGGUUGUAACUGUUUUUCUUGUAAAUUAUGGCAGAUGGCAGUUAGUAUUUCAAUAAAACCUUAAUGACGUUCUUUGAGUUAGUUAACUUGUUUUGUUUGCUAUUGUGCUA